AUGGGCGGUUGUUCGGGUGAAUGUGCUUGUACUGAUGCAAUUCCAGCGCGAUCUUUAUAUGCUUCUAUUGAUAUUAAUGGUGUGACUGGGAUUAAUGAGCAAGUUCGGGGUUGUUGUCGGGAGGUGGUUAAAAAGAGCCAUGCUGAGAGGAAUGGAGGCGUGGUGGCCGUGGCUAAAGAUGGGCAGCGACUGAUUGUAAAGAUUCCUUUUAUCAGUAAAGUUGCUUUAAGUCGAAUUGAGAUAAAGAGUUCUUUUAAACAGCUUUGCGUCUUUGCUAAUAAUCGGUAUGUUACUUUGAGUAGUAAGCCUAAGCCGGGUGAGAGUUACUGCUUGCCAGGUGAUGACCAUAUUAUUCGGGUUAAUUUGCCAUCGUAUAAGUACAAGUCAGUGGACUUUGUAGCUUUGUAUUUGCAAGAUGCGGGUGAAGGUGAAGGAACACUGAGUUACUUAUGUUUGUGUGGUGAAGUAACGGGUAGUUUAGCCAAGGCUGUUAAUGUCUCCUAUGAGUUGUACCCCAUUCCCGAAGACACGAAGAUUUCGGAAAAGAGUCAUAGUACUAUUUUGCAGUAA